AUGGGUUGUUGCUUUUCUAUAUCGCGCGACAAUAGCCGUCCUUCCUAUGCAGCGCAGGUAGUUACCGAAGAGCGCCGUCCCGAAGACUCUCAUCCCCAAGCCGCCGCAACAAGCAAUGCGCUCACCUCCGGCAACUCGUCUACCAGGGCACGCGGAUCCCGAAUCAGGGCAGAACACUUCCCACUGAGCCAGCAUUACAAUGCGCCUAUCCGUCGUCACGUCUGGUAUAGCAAACGGCGCCUAUGGACUCGCACACAACUGGACCAGGAGCGCACCGAGUUCUUCGAAACUAGGGUCACGGGUCGUUCAGAGAUCUGGGCGGCUUUGUCUGCGGCCAUCUCUUUGAUGCGCGCCGGUGAUCUCGCAACAGCGCAGAGUUUCAUUGAUGCAGCCGGCAUCACUGUCCCCACCGGUGAUCUCUGCCAAGGCUGUUACGACGAGCAAGGUGUACUAUACCGGCUACCACAGUGCAUUGUCAGCGACCCAGAGAAUAUCGUGCGAUCCGACGAGGAGCCCGAUGACUUCGACACGGACGACGGCAAGCUAUCUUCAGACGAAGCCUCCGGGGAUGAACUAAUAGCCGAUGACAUUGAACGUCGUCGGGACGAAAAGGGCAAGACUAGCGAACGUGAUUUGAUCCGCAUCCGUGCGCGAUUGAGCGAUAGAGGCGGUCCCGACAUCAUCCUGUCAGUGGUGAAGACGAUGAACGUCGGCUUGAUAGCCCGCAAAGUGCAACAAGAGGCAGGGAUUCCGCGCACUCACCGUGUGAGGUUCGUCUACCUAGGCAGAAUGCUCAAGGAACAUGUGCCCCUAGUCGACCAAGGAUGGAAUUCCGCCCACGUUAUCAGCGCCCUCGUUGUCCCGCGGCAAUCGGUGUCAUGA